GCUCUUCUAACCAAAUAAUUCCUAUCUACAAAUUUAAUAGACCGAAAAGAGUUGCUCUAUUCACUCUUUGUGAAGGGCAGUUCGACUUCAUCUGGCAAUCCAUUUACCUCUUAUUCACUACAUUCAAUUUUUCUUUGCAGGGCUCAGUUGUUUUACUGCCUUUGCUUUCGAAAUUUACUGGAUGAUUCACAUACCAAAACCAACUACUUGAGUUCCACUCGAAACUCUUAUUGCACUUCUCAAACUUCCAACUCAACUCUCGCCAUCCACCUGUUGAACAACACAAACCUCUUUCGACAGGCCAAUAGUCGUCAUGUCUGGACGAUCAGCCUAUGUUAGGAAGGUCAAGGUGGACAAGAACAACAAAGCAGGAUAUGACUACCUGAACAAAGAUGACACACUCAAAGGAAAAGAGCGUACCCCCUCCUUCAAAUCCGAUCCAUCAAUCUCCGAUUUUCAUGGAAUGGAUAAUGGCGCUUCAGUAAAUUUCUCAGAUCAUCAUGAUUUUAUGAAAUCAGAUGAUCCUUCAGCGAGAUCACUCAACAGCGGUCACUAUGAACCCGAAUUCAAUCCUGGCUAUGCUCGAAUCAGAAGACCUGAGAUGCCGAUCAUCGAAACCUCUGGAAUCGAAAAAUCAGCUUUUCGUUCAAAGAUGGAGAAGAGCAGCGAGAGUUUCCGUCACAAUUUCGCAAACGUUUUCAAAAAGAAGAAAGGCAAAGACGUACCAAAUGAAACCCCACCCACAACACCAAAUGGAGAGGAGAAGCAUGAAUUGGCAGCAGACGGAAUGCACUAUAUGAAUCAGCGACCUACCAGCCCCUUAAGACGAGCCCCCAGUCAUGAAAGCCAGCCAUCCUACAAGCGAGGUAGAGCUCUCAAGGGAGACGCUCCGCCACUACCUCAAAAAAUGAAGUUGUGGAGACGAAAAGGACAACCAGUUGUAUUGUGGGAUAAACUUGAUGUCAGAGAUCCAGAUCUUUGGGACACAAAAGGAGACGCUUUGGUGUUUUACGCCAGUGAGGCAGAAGACAAUGAGAUACCACAACCCGCUUUUAGACUGGGCUCUCAUUUGAUCGAAACAAUAGGAUCCCCAUUAGUAGAUUCACUACUUCGCGACGGUUUGACAGACGAUAUCGAUAACAUGAGCAUCUCCGAAUCCUACCGAAAUGGGCCUCAAAGACCUCGACAACCGACUCCUCCAGGAUCCGAAUCCAGUAAAAGUUUCGACUCCUCCCAAAUCUCGUAUAGAUUUGUACUACCAUCUGCUGGAAAUGUUUCAAGGCAGGAUUUACUAAGAUAUAAGCUUUCCUGGAGAAAUGUCUUUGCUGUAUGUUCCGGCAAAGGAAUUGUUGGAUACACCUUGCAUCAAGCAAUCACCGAUGUAUUCGAGCGCUUCUUGGCAAUCAUGCCUCGGAACCAGAACCUGUCACAUAUUCCAGUCACUUACACGAAGUCAAUGGGAUGGCACGAUCUUCGUGAUGACCCGGAGUUGGCUUGUAGCACGUUAAUCUGGAGCGAACACAAGAAAAUACACUGGCAGCAAGGAUGGCACGAGGCAUUUGUACACUGUGCAGGAAUGUAUAACCAAGUUGCCUCAUUACCCAGCUGGAAGAGUGUUUCACCAGCUACAAAGCUGAUGCUUGAUAAGGCCAGCGUCGAAACUUUAAGUCAGGUAGCUUAUUGUGAGGAUUUGUUGGCUAGGUUUGACUACGGAUCCUACUGGCCAGAAGCUUUAGGUCAUCAUGGCGUAAGCUCUCGUGAGGCUUUUGUCAGACUCCAGGGAUUCUUUCGCGACCAUUACUCGGAUAUGUUUGGAACGUGGCCUCCUAUGCCGCCGGAUUCUAGGAACGUCGAUGGGUGGCUUACAAGACUUAUCGUCAGAACUCUCGCCACCGAUUUCUAUGCACUUUAUGAUUAUCUAGUUGAUCGAAAAGUUGUCUGGAAUGGCUCAUCCAAGAUUAACAGUCGCAGGUCCAACAUCGUUCGCCUUGGUUCUCCAGAUUUUCGUCCUAAUAGCCAUGACUGUGAUUUCGUCGGUCUGAUCGAGCGAUUCGACAGUCAUCACAAUAUUCCUUCCAUUCCCCAUCCCUAUGCUCAACUGCCACAAUCGUGUCCACCUACUCUAGGGAGAAUCACACCAUUGGAAGCUAGAAAAUCUGCUCUAGCAUAUACUGAGGCAACAAAUAUUUUUCUCCUUGGAGACGAAUACGAGGGCAAUGAAAUGGUGGAAGCGUAUAUGCAAUGGGAGAAGACAGACAGAAUCGGCGAAUAUGAUCCAAGAAGCGCUCGUAGAGCCCGCUGGGUUCUUGUUUAUUUCAUCUUGCAGACUUUAUCAACACUCGUUGUUGACACCCCAGGAUUAGAUUAUUCCGACGAAGUCGAAUACUUCUUGUCCGGCAGAAUAGAGCAACAACCUGCAUGGAUUGAGGACCAAUCACUCAGACAGCAAGCUGAACACAGUCGAAGUCAUUGCUGGACCGUGUCUUCAGCAUGGCGAAAGCAAUCAAACUUUGAAAACAAUGGACUUGAUUCUGUACCAGAGAGACUCGAGCCGACUGCCACAGGUAGAUCUUUGUCUUCCGUCUCUAGCUACGAGAGUAUGGCUAGAACAACCACAUUUUCUGAAGCAGAAACUGCCAAUGACAUGGAUACCGCUCGUACCUCAACUGCUGUAUCUGUCACUGAGAGCAAAGCAAGUUACCAGACUAUUCAACGACCGGAAAACUUGAGCAUCCGCACACGAGAUAUAUCUCCCAAGGCUAGACAAUCACCAACACCGAAGACCGUCUCACUUUUCCCUGCCCCUCCAAAACAAGCCAUUGAUCCACAAUAUUCCUCAAGAUCAUCCGACAAAUACUAUACCACCCCCAACAACUACCCACCGUCUCUCCCCCCCAAAUCACCUCUUCCGCAAACCCCUUCUUCCUCUUAUGGAUCUACACGCAACUACCCAAGUUCAAGCCGCAAUGGUUCUUCUAGUCAUCAAUCUCGUGCUAAAACACCUACGCACCAAAAUCCUUCUUAUUUCGCACCCUCGGGCAAUGAGGGAGAAAUAAUGGGAUUGAGAAUUCACAAAAGCGCUUCUUCUACUCCAGUCGCCUCUCCUGUAAUUUCUUCUCAUCCUCCUGGCCUUCCGCAACGAAGCAAUACUGGAUAUGCACCUGGAAUUGAGAAAUUAGAAGACCCGGUUUGGAGUAGCAGUGGAAAUAGUAGUCCUGUUGAGAAUUACAAGGGCCAUCAGAAAGGAAGAAAUGCACAACUUUCCGGUCAGCAAGGGAUGUACACUAAGCACAUUCGGGAUUUCGACGAGCAGGCUUGAGGGACGCAUCGCAUUAGAACAUCAAUUUUUCUUCUCCUUACAUUAUUUCUUCUUUUCUCUCCCUCUUUUUUUUUUCUCUUUUUCUUUCUAACCCGAUCUGAUUCAAUGUGUUCUGAUCAGAUUCGGUAGAUCAUUCUAUGGAUACCCAAAAUUCAAUGGUUGCUUUGGGGGUGUCAUGGUGGAUUUUUUCUUUUUUUCUUCUUUAUUGUCCUUCUGUUUUCCCAGGCUUUCUUUCUUUCUUUUCCUGGGGAAUUUUCCUGUUUAUAUUCAUCAGCUUCAUUCUAUUCUCCGAAAGAAAAUCAUAGAUCUGUCGGGACGUUUGAAAUUUGGAACUACUUGUAGAUGGAAAGCUUUGGCGUCUAUUUCUUUAAUCUUGGUUUGGGUUGGGAGGAUAUGCUGGUUGGGAAUGCUUGAUGAACGAAACUUCUAGAGAGGGGCUGGGAGCAGGGGGAGGAGAAAAAGGUCAUGGGUGAUGACGAAUAGAUACGACAUGUAUUUGUAUGAAUUCAAUAUUGAAACAUAGAACUCUUGCA